CCACCUUAACCUCCUCCACCUCCACCUCCACCUCUCCACCACCUCGUCCUCCCAUGGCCCACCCGUCCUUGAUCAAGAGCCUCGGGGAGCAGGUCCUGGGCCACAGCGGGCCGGUCAGCCUCAACGACAUCAGCGGAACGGACCGCGUCAUCGCCUUGUACUUCUCGGCACACUGGUGUCCGCCCUGCAGAGGAUUCACGCCCCAGCUCGUGGCCUUCUACAAGCACCUGAAGGAGAACACGAAGCACCAGCUGGAAGUGAUCCUCGUCAGCAGCGACCAGGAUGAGGCCAGCUUUCAGGACUACUUCAGCGACAUGCCCUGGCUGGCGCUGCCCUUCGCCGAGACCAAGAGAAAGGUCAGUGGGCGUGGCCUGAGGGAGAUUCGGUCCUAUGCAAGAACGGGCUUAUCUCGCUCCUUGAUUUCGGCAAUAAAAUCACAAGGUUUAUCAGCUUGUUCCUCAGUCUCGCUCCGGCGUUGCCCUUAUAAGGAAGGUCUCGCUGGCAAGGUUGCAGAGCCACGUAUUGCCAUUAUUCUAGAUUUUGAAAUUGGAAAAUUGCAAAUCGUACUCGACCCGGACUCCGCCUCUUAA